AUUAUUGAUGUCCAACGAUAGCAAUGGAACCGGUGAAUGUAAAUAUAUUCCAGUUUAUAAUAGGUGAACAAGGUAGAAGCAUCGAUUGCUACCUUCGGAACAUACCUUCGGAAGAACAUACCUUCGGAAUAAAGUAUGGCAGAUUUUGUUCAGUAAAGGCAGCAGGAUUGUUAUAGGAAUAAUUAUAGAAGUUAAGAAUGAGUUGCAGGAUAUUGGCGGUGGAGAUUUAUUUGCAUCUAGGGAUUUGAAUUAGAAAUGAUAUGUUUUCUUUUUCGAAAGAAAUUUGCGUAUAAACCUAUUCCUAAAGACGAAAUGAUGCUUGACAGUGUCCUCGGGAGCUUCGCCACAUAUGCAAGGUUAAAAGGUCGUUACGAUGACGACUGGAUCGAUAGGUUAAAUCAUUUAUACACGACUAUAAUUUUCAUCAUUUUUACCAUUGUUGUUAGUACGAAGCAGUAUGUUGGCGAGCCAAUCCACUGCUGGUGUCCGGCUGAAUUCAAGGAGUCUAUGGUUGACUACACUAACAAUGUAUGUUGGAUAUCCAAUACAUACUACGUCCAUAUUGACAAGGAUAUUCCGAAGUACAAUCACGCGAGAUAUGAAAGCGAGAUUACAUACUACCAGUGGGUUCCGAUGAUCUUGUUGUUUCAAGCCUUGUUAUUUAAGGUCCCCUGUAUUAUGUGGAGAAUUUUAACAGCAUCAGCCGGAGUCAAUUUGGAUAAAAUAGUCACACUUGCAGCGGAAACACAGUAUAUUUCUCCAGAUGAUAGAGAACGAACUAUAAAACACAUAGUACGUUACAUGGACAGAUGGUUGGAAAAUGCUCGUGAAUAUAGAUCCGGAUGUUUUAUACGCUUGCGUCAAACUAUUUCAAAAUACUGUUGUAUAGUAUGUGGAAAACGUUAUGGAAAUUAUCUGGUCACCAUAUAUAUGUUUAUAAAGUUACUAUACAUGUCGAAUGCUAUUGGACAGUUAUUCAUUUUGAAUGAAUUUCUAGGGACAAAUUACAACGCAUAUGGACUUGAAGUAUUAAGCCAUCUGGCCAGUGGCGAGGAGUGGGACGAAUCAGCAAGGUUCCCAAGGGUGACACUAUGUGAUUUUAAAAUUCGUAAACUUGCUACACUCCAACAGUACACAGUACAAUGUGUACUACCUAUAAAUCUUUUUAAUGAGAAGAUUUUCAUAUUUAUCUGGUUCUGGCUUGUUUUUGUGUCUGUUUUAAGUUCGGCGAAUUUCUUAGUAUGGUGUUAUACUAUGAUUUUUAGACAACACCGAAUUCGUUAUUUGAAAAAAUUUCUCAGGAUUAAUGAAUGUUACAAAUCAGAAUUAGACAAGAAAAUGGCCGUCAAAUUCGCUGAGCAGUAUUUGCGACAAGAUGGUAUUUUUGUUUUGAGACUUGUAGGUAAAAACGCUAAUGAUGUUUUAGUGUCAGAGAUAGUGUUGCAUCUAUGGAACCAUUAUAGAAACAAACCAUUAUUUAAACAUGCUAAUCAGGUCAGCGAUGACAAUAGUAAUGUCUGACUAACCGCACAAAAACUACUGAAACUUGUUAAAAUCCAGUAUUAUGCAUUUGAUGAUGGAGAAGGUACACAAGGUCAGAGAGUUUCCGAUAUUUUACUAUCAGAUGAUCUCAACCUUCCGAAUGGUGAUAUCAGCCAAUCAUCUUUCGAAACAGAGGUUUAAACAAUUAGCGCAGACGCAGACCCAACGUCUCUGAAGAACAGUGUUUUAACAUUGCAUUUCUCUAAUUAAUUACCAAAAAUGCAUGUUUCAUAUUAAUAAGAAUCACCGUCCAAUUUAGCGAAGAAUGACAGUAAUAUAAGAGGGUCUGGAAGGGGAUUAGAGAAUACAGAUUAAAAAAAAUACUUGAAUAUAAAGAACAGAAAAUAAUUGAUAAAAUAGACCAAGCAAAUAGAAUAAUGACUUAAAAAUUAAAGAUAAGAUUAAUAAAGACCUUCCAUCCCCUCUAUCCAGAUCCUUAAAGAAUGUGGAAGGUGAUGUAUACACAUUUCUGGAAAUUGUUUCGUUAUUUCCAACCUACGGUGCUACUGUAUUUCAAGAGACAAGUCACGUGACAGCUGUUGGUGUUAGGUUAUCAUGGAAUUGAUGAUGGAUAUUGCAUAUAUGCAAGUACUUAUUUUGCAGUUGUGUUUUCAUAUUUUAUUAUGUUAAGUAAAUGUAUAUUUCAAUUGUAAAAUGUAAAUAGUAACCAUCGGAUAGAUUAUAGGUAGUUUUUAGAAUUAUAUAUGUUUGUAUUAUGUAUGUGAAGAAUGUAAAAUUGGAUGGAAAUGAUAGAUUGUGGUUGACUUUGUACCGUUGAAACUACAUUUUUUAUAUUUUCUCUAACAAACGUAAAUUAAAAAAAAUAAUUACCAUUUCAAAAAUUUCAAUUCAUUAUCAUUUUGAGCACCAAAUGAAUAAUGUUUAACACAAUUUACUUAAAAGCGCUGCUUUAUAAUAAGGGAAACAAAACAAGAGGUUGAUAACGAACAAGAGAAUAUGUUUCUACUGUGAGUAACUAUGUGUCUAACUAAUCAUUCAAUCAUUAAUAAAUAAAAGGAACUCUUAAACGAUCGCUUAAAAAAAUGUAAACAUUAUGUGAAUGUAAACCUCAUAAUCAAAUAUGGCAUAUCAUUGUAUUUUUUUCCAUUCAAUGUGCCUUGUUUUCUGACAACUAUGUAGCAAAGUCAAAUUUUGAUAGAAAUUGUACAUAUUAAUGUAUGAAAUAAUGAUUAUGGCAAUGGAGCAAUUCAUAUGAUAAAUUCAAAAUAAUAAAAUUCUCGUCACAAUAAAAUGCAUUUCAACAUGCAAAACCAAGAUAUAAUUAGGCAUGUAAACUUUUAUCAUGUGCCUGAAACAUAACAAAAAAGGGGAUUUUUCGUUACUAAAUGCAAUGCAAUUAUUUGUUUUUUUAGAUAACUCGUUAUUUUGACAUAGUAAUCACAAAAACAUAUUCAAAUCAAAACCCAGAUAUAAACAAAAUCACAUCUUACCUUUACAAUGUGCUUCGAACAAAACCAGAUUAGAGAAUGUAGUUUUUUUGGCAUUAAAUUCAAUGUAAAAUGGAAUUUUAUAAUUUCUUCUGAAUAAGUACCUAUUUGUAGAUGACACAAUUUAAGAUUGUACGUAUACAGUCUUAAUAUAUACCAUUUAUGACUACGAUAUCUUGUUCAAAUUCAAUUUAUACUCAUCUUUUUUAUCAUUCAUUUGUGAACAUGAUAGGCGGAAAUAGCAAAUAUUGUAGUUGUACUAACCUUUAAAAUCAUAAGCAUCAUUCUGACGCUUUUUAACAUAGAAUAUUAUAGUUAUAGUAUAAAACCAGAAAGAUCAUCUUUUUUUAUAACCUCAAAAAAUUCGAAAUAAAAAUCAAUUUACAUAUUUUUUUCAACACAGUAGUAUUUAUUAACUUUCCCAACUGCUAUUUGUGCUUCAGAACUAGUACUCUUUUACUAUUUGCAUUGAUUAACUUUAUGAUUUUUCUAAAAUAACGACAUAUUGCAGCAAACAGUUGUAUUUCAUCUAGCUAACCUCAUAAUGAAUCGUUCUUGUUCAAAUUGAAAAGAUAACUUUCAUAAGUCAUUAUAUUUACAUUUGGAAUGUCUAAUAAUCUGCCAAAAACGUAAAAUGUUUGCCAAAUAACGUUAUGAAUGUCAAAUUAGUUAUCACCAGUCGCCACGCACAAUUCAUGAUGAGGCAAACGCCACGAUACGGCAUACUAUAGCAUUGAGUCAUAUUUGUAAAUAUCCAUCAAACCAUUUCAUUUUAAAAGAAUCGGUAUAGACUAAAUAGUAUAACAAUAUUUACCUUUAAGAAUUUUUUUUACGAAAUUCAACCCUUCAAAUUGCAGAUGACCUGUGUAAAAUAAUAUGUAAUGGAAUUAUGACUAUUGAACAACGGCAUACUACUGUAGCCUAUAUAUUUAUUCAUUGCUAUUUUCUAUCAACUACAUUAUUUCUGACCUUCCAAGCAAAAUUGUAUUUCUUUGAUCCAAAUUUAUGAUAUGAAAAAAAGGGCUGAUAGAGUACUAUGAUUUCAAAAAAGAAUUCAAGGACGCUUCAUACCUCUAAUGAAGAUUAAUUAUCUUUUACUUAGAGGCAAAGGUAUGGUUUUGAAAAAAAUAAAUAAUGAAUAUAACAUAGCCGGGUUUUGCUUUCAAAUUUACAUUUUUUGAUUGAAUUAGUGUCUAUUAAGACAUAGCUUAAUUUGAACUAACAAACUGUAUACUUUGUUAUUUAUUUAUUGUUUCACUUAAUCUUGCUUGUACACGUGAUUUGAAAUUAUACUUAUUCUAACAUAUUUAAAAUAAACUGUACUUUGAGUUAACUUUAGUCGAACCUUUUUAAGAAUUAAGGAACAUAUUUUUUUUAUAUAUGCUUAAGUAUGACUGUGUUAACUAGUUACUAACUCAGCAAUAGUAUUUACCAUUGUUAAGCAUGACAUUAAUGGCGUUCUAUGAAAAUGAUCUAGCGACAAGUAUUUUCAACAUCAGAGUCUGAUGCAUUCUGGGUAAUAUUAUUAAAAACGUUAUUCAACGUAGUAAUUGUUUAAGAUCGCCUUUAUCAAUUGGGAUUCAAAAACGACCAAGAUGGGUUGUUGAUAUUUAUUUAUUGGUACUAACAUUUACAUAGGAAUUAAAAAGUAUCUGAAAUGUGUUCAACAAUGAAUUGCUUUUAAAAAUAACAUACUGUUUUCAAUUUUACCAUAGGAUGUAUGUCUAGUCUAUACUUGUGAAUAUAUUUUAAAAUUGUAUUUAGCAUUAAUGUUAUGUAAAUAUUGUACAAAUCAUGAUUUUUAUACAAAUCAGAUAUCUCAUUGUAGUAAGCACUAAACUGUGAUCAUUCCUUGUUUUUUGUUCUUUAUUGGUUAUCGCCAGGUCAUAGUAUAAAACCAGUGAAAACAGUUUAUUUAUUACUUAUUUAUGUAUUAUGCAAAUGUACUAGUUUAUCAUUAAAACUUUUUCUAUUAGCAUUAACAUUAAUCUUACAUUCAUCUCUCGGUUUUUUGGUGUGUACAAAUUUUCGUGGAUUGAGGAAAACUUUAAUUUUCGUGGAUACUUGAUUUUGUUGUUUUUCAAAUAUUUGCAUACAAAACAUAGAAGAGAAAUUUUAUAAUUCGUUGCACAUUUAAAUUCACACAUGAAACCUACGAAAAUGGGUAUCACCACAGUAGAUAGCAAAUGGACAUUUUAUUAUAAAUGCUGAUUUACUGACUAUGAUAUAAUAUUUUGGGGACACCAUACAAUAGCGGACCACGUGAUAUCUGAAAGGACCAAAACGUUAAAAGUCGUUGAUAGUUAAUUGACUCUCUGCUUACGGCCUCGGCAAGCAAUAUACCAAUUUGCUUCUCAUAUGUUGUUUUUUCACGUUGAAAAUCGUUUAAUGUGGAUACGUAUACGUCCCUCUAUUAAUUGGAUUUAAGAAUUUAGCAUGCAAGCAAAAACAUCACCAUUUUGAUCCUGACAAAAUCCAAAAAGCUCGGAGCGAUUUACAUUUUCUUUUGUUGCAUGGGAUUCAAAAACUAAGAUAUCGUCACCGAUACGAUUUCAUUUACUGUAUUUAUAACAAGAUUCAACCGUGAUAUAAUACAAAACCAUUGCAUAGUGUUUAAAUUACAUUUAAAGUUUUACGCCAUUAAAUUAUUCAACAAUUAUUGCUCUCAAAUCAUCAAAAACAAACGUAAUGAACCAAAUCAAGUUAUCAUUGUAACAUUUAUGCUUUUAAUUUUAUUAUCUCCUUUAAAAUAAAUCUAUUAAAAUGUGAAAUAAUUUUGACUUAAAUCAAAACCCUCAUUAUUAUGUUUGUUAAUGCCAUAAGAUUUAAGACAUUAGGAGUAAAGUCUUCAAAGAAGAUCUAGUUCAAGAUUUUGAUUGUAAAUAAUAAAAAUAUUAACAUGACGAAAAAGAAAUCGUUAAGUAUGAAAAACAGAUUUAAACCAUGAUUUAUAAACUAACAUUGAUGAAAAAGAAAUUAUCAGAAAUUAUCGUAACGGUUAUUACUGUUUAGGGGAGGGGAUGAUACCAAAUAAGUAUGGAGAUAAUAACCUAUACAUUACAUAAAUUCAUGUGAUUUGUCAAUAAUAAUUUUUAUAGUUUGGAUAUUCUCUUUAUAUAUAAAGAUUCCUUUUUAAUAUUUUUUCUGUCAAUGUUUUGGGAGAGGGGGUUCGAAAAUGUCAUUUAUAUACUACUUUUGUCCUCUCGAUUUCUUAUAUUAACAAUUUCACUUUUAUAAAACAAAGGUUCCGCGAUCGUUAUUAAAAUCUACUUCUCUAAUGCUUGUGCUAUUUUCACAUUUCCUAACCAGUGUGAGAAAAAUAUUUCUCCUAACUAGUGAAAAAUUUGUUCUCGUCAAAUGAUUAGUCGAAAUUUGAUUAUGACGUCUAAAUGUUUUGUUUUCUUCUGAAUUUUCCUAUUGUGACGCCAUGAAAAAAGGCGGCAAUGUCUGAUGACGUCGCAUAUAUAGAACACAAGUUUCUGAAAAUCUUUGAAAAAAAAGGAUAAAAAUCAUUAGAGAAACAGAUUCCGACACUAUAACUCGUGUAAUACGAUAUUUCUCCACUCUCGACAGUUAAAUUUUAGUUAUUUAAAGUGCUCGGCAAGUCUCGCGCUUUAAAUAAUAAAAUUUAACUGUCUCAAGUGAAUAAAUAUCCUAAUACACUUGUUGCAGUGUAGGAAUCUAUAUUUGGACCUUUUGAGUACUAAAACGUACUCAUUGCUUGUUUGCAGCUGUUCGUUUUAUUACAAAUUUGUUUUUGCAUUUAAGAUAAUAAAUAUGUCUUGUCUUGUUAGCUAUUAUCUUUAUAAUAACAAAUCAUCCAGUGACAACAUCACAAUCAGGUCAACGUAUCUUUCUGGAAGUAUGAAAUUUUAAUAUAAUUUCUAAUAUACUUCUGGUUAAUAAGUACUGGAUGUCACAUUAAAAGUAACCUCAUCCAAGCGUUAUUAUUUAAAGCAUUUAUUUUGAGAUUUACUAAUUACUUUUGAAUUAAAUGAACAGCAUUUAUUAACUGAUCCGAUCCGCUAUCAUUAUAAGUCAAGAAGGUAUGUUUAAGUAGAGUGAGUCAGAACAUUUGCAGCAUGAUGUUAAAUGGCCUGAAUUUAUAAUAUUCUUUUUACCUUAGUCAAUGACAAUUACCAAUCAAGCUGCAUAAUCUUAUUUUCAUGUACAUGAUUAGAUAAGCGCAGAUAUGACAUGUUUUCAUUAUAUAACGCUCGUACAACAGGAUAAUAUGAAAUCUUGUUUUGAAAAUUUCUUUUGUCUUAAGGGAUAUUUUUUUUUACAUUAAACAUUGAUUAUAUUGUAAUUUCAAGGGUUAUGUCCCUUUAUAAAUGCAUUCCAUAUCACAUUUAAGUCCCAUUAAUGUACAGACAUUCCACAAAUCAAGGCUGACAUUUUUAUGUGUGUUCAUAUGACAUUUUCAAACUGUGAUAGCAUUACUGUUUUAUCAUCACGCUUCUUCCCCAUCUGGCUUUGUUAUAAUUACCUGUACUCAAUUUUGGGAUAUGGGGAAAUUCGUGUAAUUGAAAUAAGUGUAUAUAAUAAAUCAAACAGCAUUGUGACAAAAUUGAACAUUUCAAAUUAUGAUCAAGGGAAUGUCAUUUGAAAAUUUAAAUGACUAUAAAAGAAACCUGAUAUUUACUUUUCUUUUCUCAGAAAUAUUUGGAUACUAAUUUAAUGGGAAAAUAUGAUUUGUGUUAAUAUCAAUAUUCUUAUGACCAACCCACCUGUCCCCCAAAAACAAAAGACUAAGUAUUAUUGGUUAACACUGACUACUUGUACUUAAUGUGUAUAUAAUGUUUAACUAUGUUUAGUGGAUAAUUUUCAGCUUUUUCACAAAAUAUAAAAAGUAAAUUUUCAUAAUUUUCAUAACCUGUAGCAUUGUAAUUGAGUAAAAAUUGUUGAAUAAACUAUGCACAUACAA